UCCCGCUCUUGCUAUGGAGACGGGCGGUGAGGCGGGGAACCAGUGUCGGGGCAGCCCCGGGCCCGGGAUUGGGCCCGGCGGCGGGGAGCGCCCCGGGGUACGAAGUGCGGCGUGACAGGGGAGACUGGACAAGAUGGCCCGGUGGUCUGACCCAGUAAAGGGCAGUUCUUGUGUUCUUCUGAGACUUGUCUCAGCUGAGAUGGAACGCAAGUGCCCUGGAAAGUUGGGCCCAACUUCAAAGUCAUCAUUUCAGAUUGGGGUUAUCAUCAUGGACAAAUCUGGAGCAAUAGAUUUCUGUGCUUUGGAGAGAGAACUACAGGCUGCUGUUGCUGCUGAUGAAAAGUACUGGAGAGAAAAUGAUGCCAAAUUUCGAGCUGUUCACCAGAAGGUGGCAUCCUAUGAAGAAUUUAGGGAUAUUGUGCGGGCAUCACACCUGAAGCCCCUGGAAAAAAAGGAUAAAUUUGGAAAAAAGAAAAACCUACUGUGGAAUUCCUGUGCAACCCAAGCUAAGUGCCAGCAGAACAGCGAGGUGGAAAUAGCCCAGCGGUUGGACCGAUUACCUGAAACCUCUUCAGAAUUCUACAGAGAUUGGCGCAGAUGCUUAAAAAGUGGGCAAGAAAAAUACCAGUUCCUACUGCAGCUUGGAGGCACAGGCCUGGGCAAAAUCUUUCAAGCGGAUCUCGGCUUUGGCCUCCUGGGUGAGUUCCUCAGGGUGUUGGCAGAGAAUGUCUGUGGUGAAGACAGAGAAGCCACCCUGCAUAUCUUACAGAGCCUUUCAGAAACUAAGCACUUUGGGCUCAAUGUGGAUCUCCUGAGCCAGGUGGAAAAGGAGAGCAGUAGGGACUUGUUUGAGAAACUGAAGAGCAUGAACAGAAAUUGUAGCACUCGUGGGCUUCCUUUUGACAAAGCCAAGGCAGGAUCAGAAGCUCUAGGGGAAGAACCAAGUGAAACUGAGAGGGAAAUGCAUCUCCAGGGGUGUGACCUGGGGAGGGAGGCAGAUGAGAGGAGAUUGAUGGAGCUGAUGAAAUGUUACCAACUCAUGUGAAGGACAACAGGCUCACUGCAAGGGUGUGUGGGAGCAGAGUCCAGAGUAGGGAUCCUUCAGCUCCACUCUCCGAUCAAAGAUCACAAGACUCUUAGGAUACAUGACACCUUGUCCCUGGCAUGUCCAAAGAGGAAUGGUUCCAAAUACAGUCCACCCACCUGUUACUUGCAUUCACUGGGCCUGGAAACACAGUGGUGAAGCUGCUGUAAGGGAUUUCCACACAGCCACUGUCAAGCACCCCAGAGACCAAGGUCUUGAGAGUGGCCAUGUGAGUAGACAUCUCUAAGCAGCUGCACUACCACUUUUCUGUUCCCAGUGCAUGUGAGUGGGUCUGUGUGGGGUGGGGAAUGCUUGGGGGUAUCCUUCCCUGAACAUGCAAGGGACCUGGUGUAGACAUACCCUGAGAAUUCCUCUCUGUAGAGUGUUGCCGAUCUAAUCCUCUCUGUAUCUGUCUUAGUACCUAGCUUAGUUGCUUACCCCAGUACAAAUAAGUGUUAGUUACAGAAAGAAUGGUAUUGCAGGAAUUGGGAAAGUGCCACGUGCAGAAAGGAAUCCUUGGUAUAAAUAGGUAAUAAUCAGUAGAUUAUCUGAGGGCAAAGCUGUAAGGGAGUCUUUCUGGUAUUAGUAGGGUAAAAAAUAAAAUCAAAAUCAAUUCUUCACCUCUUUUUGUUCUUUGUGUAUAUGUUCCCUGAGCAGAGUGACAUUUAGCCAUGUUAAGCUGAAGUCAAAUAGGAGGCAGGGUAGAUUUGCACCUUAUAGGCUAACCAAAUCUACCCUACUUCUACAUAUUUCUUGCCUAGAGGGCAUUUUUGAGAAACAAAUCAGUUAUAUUACCAUGUUUAAACAGAGCUACAUUUGGAAGGUGUUCAUGUACAAGCCUCCACGAGUUUAACAUUUGGGAAUGAGUUGAGUGAUCACUUUCUUAAACAGGACCAGAAUUAUUACAGUGCAGAUCCUGAGGUGUCAUGGUCAUGCACCAAAGAUUAGCAAUAAUCUCCAUGCCAAGACAUGACCUUGCUGUAGGCCACUCCACCCUAAUUAGCAUUUUACUUGGAUUAUUAGAGGAAGUGAAUCUGGACGAUCAGGAACUGAAGUGUAGAAAGCUGCAGACUGGCUAGCAGUGGGGAUGCAGAAGGUUUGGGACAUAAACAAGAAAGCAGAUUGCAUUGGAGUGAAGAUAGUCAUGGGUAGCAAGGUAGAACUCUGGCCAUUGCCUCUAAAAGGAGAAUUAGGUUUAGGGAGUGAUGUAGAGGGAAACAGAGAUAGGAAACUGGAUGUUUCUCAGCCCUAGGCAUCAGAAGUAAAACCAUGUGUAGGUCACAAAAAAGACUAAGCCAUGAAGUUUGUGUAACUAAACCGGAUGAAACUCACAGAAUACAAAUUCUGUCCUUCUGGGUGUUUAUCCUGAAAGGUCAUUCGAACAUAAUCAAUAGCUGUCAGAUUUUACCCAGCUCUGGGAAGAUGAGUCCUGUCUUCCCCCAAUAGUAAAAUAAAAUGAAUCACAUCCUCCUGCAAGCCUCACCAGGUGUUGUUAACUAACUACCUGCCUUUAGGUGUAAAUCUCCAUGCACAUGCCCACAUAUACCUUGUGGCUAAUCCUGUGACCUCCCUCUGGGAAAUGCAGAUAUGUCUCUUCCUAAAGAUCCUCCCUCCCUUCCCACAGGUUUGAUGAGCAGUGAAGUAGUUAACCAUAUGGACAUUUGAAGGAUUCUCAGAGGCAUUAGUGUUGGCUUCCUUGAAAUGAAUGGUGCAGUUCACACCUCAGAGCCUCUGCUAAUUGAUGGAUAAUCGUGUUGCACUAGGGUCAUGGUUUGAAGAUAUUUUUUGCAAUCAUAGCAGAUAGGGACUUGUUUUUUUAAUAAAAGCUGAGAUCUGGAGUGCAGCUAAGAGGUCUGUUCUGUGCCUCCUGGCAAAUCUUCAGCAACCCGUAGGAGACACAGGGCAUGUUUUGGGAAAUGCUGGGUUAAAGAGAGGUUAUUUGGCUGAAAUGAACAGAGGGUUUCUCAACAUAUCAAAAUGAAAGUAUUUCAUUUUAGAAGCUUGAAUCUGAGGUCUCUUCCCCUUAUAUAUUUUCUCCUUUAUUUUACAUGAUACACAUAGAGGUUUGUUCUUGUGGAGUCCCUCAGGAUCUCUGGGUUCUGCACACGCUGCUUUAUUUUAAAUUAGGCUACCUGGGAAUGCAUUGAUGCUGGUGGUACUUUUGGAGCUUUCUGGAAUUAUUUUUUCAAAGCUACAAAAUACUGCUUUUCCAUGGAGUAAGCAGAGGUUACUGUGCAAAUGCUAGGGUCUGCAGAAGGGUAGAGUACCAUGGGUUUGAACAAGCACAGCAAGCAAUGCAUAGGACAGGAAGUGAAGAAGAACCUCCUAUCUAACAGGAACUGAAAACAAUCUGACAUUAAAAGCAGAUAGAAUGACUUAGCAGAAGUCAGAUGUGGUCUUCCUCUGAGAAAGAUCAGAGCAUAUUCACAUAGGGAGAGGAUAGGAGCAGCCCAGGAUUCAAUCCAGUCCUGAACUGACAGGAAUGGGACAGAGGCAACCAGUUUAGUUCUGUCCCUGAACAUCUACUCAAAGUGCAACAGGUAAGAUGGAGAUAACCCCAUGUUUAGAUGUCUAGAUAGCAUUCCUAUAUUCUGUUACAAUUACAUGUAAGGUAUUACUUGAAUCCAACUCAAAGCAGGAUCCACUGUGUUAAUCACUGUACUGAGAAACAGGCUCAGCCCCACAGAACUUACAAGCUAGAUAGUGUUGGACGAAAGACCAAUGGGGAAAAGCAAUGCUUUAUCUAAAACCAUUCAUACUCACACACACAGGCCAAUCCACUAGUACUCAGGUUCAGUCACGAUGGCCAGUUGCAUUGCGUCUGGACACAAUGAUCUUAUGGGAGGGAUGCCAGCAGUUUUCUCCCGAGUUGAUGUGGAUGGGAUACAACGUGGUUGGGGGCCUUGUCUUCACUGCCUUUUUAUGCAGACACACUGCUAUGGUGCCUCUGACAACCUGCUAAACCAAUCACCUUGUUGCUGUUGAGUUGAGUUGCUGAGUUGACUUCAUCAAAACUCAGUCUUUUGGUUACAUACGUCAUGGCUUAGGUAUGCAGAUGGAUGGAUGGUAUAUAUAUAUAUAUACGUCAACCCUCAUCAAGAUGGAAUCCAAGGAUGAGGAGGUAGAAGGAUUGUGGGUUAGGCUAC